GGUAAAAAUAUCAAAUGCUAAGAACUGUGUCAAAUGCUUUUCCGACAAGGAGUCAUGUUGGUUCCACUUCCUCUUCGAACUCAUGGACCACCAUAGUUCCUGCUCUGGCUCGGUUCGGUUCCAUCGGCGUAUUACGCGCUGCAGUUGAAUUGAUCAAUGACGGCGAAAAGCCAGAUGCUUCUCCACUUGUUCACUUGCUCCGUGUCUCCGGCAAUUAUGGCUACGUUUCUUUGUGUCAGCAGCUUCAUGGUUACGUCAUAAAACAUGGGUUUGUUUCAGAUACGCGUCUUUCCAAUUCGCUGAUGAGGUUUUACAAGAUAAGUGACUCGUUGGAAGAUGCUCACCAAUUGUUUGAUGAAAUGCCUGACCCAGAUGUCAUUUCUUGGAAUUCGUUGGUUUCUGGUUACGUUCAAUCAGGAAGGUUCCAGGAAGGACUCUGUUUGUUUCUCAAGCUCCACAGAUCUGAUGUUUUGCCUAACGAGUUCUCUUUUACAGCCGCUUUAGCUGCUUGUGCCCGACUGAAUCUCUGGCCACUCGGAGCUUGCAUCCACUCCAAGAUUGUCAAACUUGGCUUAGAGAAAGGCAAUGUUGUUGUGGGUAAUUGUCUAAUUGACAUGUACGGGAAAUGUGCUUCCAUGGAUGAUGCAGUUUUGGUAUUCCAACACAUGGAAGAAAAGGACACAGUUUCUUGGAAUGCCAUUGUUGCUUCCUGCUCAAGGAACAGUAAGCUCGAGCUGGGGCUUUGGUUUUUCCACCAAAUGCCAAAUCCAGACACUGUAACAUACAACGAGCUCAUCGAUGCUUUCGUCAAGUCUGGAGAUUUCAAUAAUGCCUUUCAGGUUCUAUUAGAUAUGCCAAAUCCUAAUUCAUCUUCAUGGAACACAAUAUUGACCGGCUAUGUAAACAGUGAGCAAUCAGGAGAAGCUACUGAGUUUUUCACCAAAAUGCAUUCAUCGGGAGUUGGAUUGGAUGAGUACAGCUUGUCAAUAGUUCUGGCCGCCAUUGCUGCUCUCGCUGUGGUUCCAUGGGGGAGUCUCAUCCAUGCUUGUGCUCUCAAGCUUGGCCUAGACUCUCGAGUUGUUGUCGCGAGUGCUCUGAUAGAUAUGUAUUCCAAAUGCGGAAUGUUGAAGCACGCUGAGCUGAUGUUUUGGACAAUACCUAGAAAGAAUCUGAUUGUGUGGAACGCGAUGAUCUCUGGAUAUGCCCGUAAUGGCGAUUCAAACGAGGCGAUCAAGCUCUUUAACCAAUUGAAACAAGAAAGGUUACUGAAACCUGAUCGAUUCACGUUCUUGAAUCUCUUAGCUGUGUGUUCUCAUUGUGAAGUUCCUAUGGAAGUCACGCUUGGAUACUUUGAGAUGAUGAUCAACGAGUAUGGAAUCAAACCAAGCGUAGAGCAUUGCUGUUCUAUUAUCAGAGCUAUGGGGCAGAGAGGAGAGGUUUGGCAGGCAAAAAAUGUGAUUCAAGAAUUCGGUUUUGGGUAUGAUGGUGUGGCUUGGAGGGCGUUACUUGGUGCUUGCAGUGCUUGCAAGGAUCUGAAAGCUGCGAAAACCGUCGCCGCAAAGAUGAUUGAAUUAGGGGAAGCUGAUAAAGAUGAGUAUGUAUACAUAGUGAUGUCGAAUCUCUAUGCUUACCAUGAGAGAUGGAGAGAAGUUAGUCAAAUUAGGAAGAUAAUGAGAGAAAAAGGGGUAACGAAAGAAGUCGGGUCUAGCUGGAUUCAAGGGCAAAAUGUAGCAGUACAGUUUUAGUAUCUUUUAAGUUUUGAGCUGCUGGUUAUGUAAACGCAAUGUCAAACUAGUCAUGAAAUCAAACAUGAGGCUAGUUUCUGAAAGAUGAAUCGUGUAAAAAGAAGAAAUAGUAUUACAUUUU